GCUGAGGAACGAGCCAUGUCCGUGCUGCGGCUCCCCGUCCGCGCUGCGCUCAGCACCGCCCGUCAGGCCACAGCUCCGCAGCUCAGCUCCGGCAGCGCACAACACACACGCACCAGCCGCGGUCCGUCGGGGCGGGGCGGGAGCUCAGGAAGUGACACUUGGGGGCGGGGCGGGAGGCGGUGGCGGCAUGGCAGCGCGGUGCUGCUGAGCGCCGCUCCCGGCCCCGCUCCCGGCCCGCAGGCUGUGGCCUCCAAGAUGGAUUUCUUCUGGAUCUGCCUCAUCCUGUUGGCAGUGGUGCUGCCCAAAGGCAGCCUGGCAGACCUGGAGAAGCAGAAGAUGGGCUCUGGAUUGGAGAUCUAUAAGAAGCUGUUCGAGGUGAAGCGCAAGGACCAGAUGAAUGCCUUGAAGAACCUCAUUGAGCUCAAUGACAUCAACCAACAGUAUAAAAUCAUUGACAUCAUGCUCAAGGGACUCUUCAAAGUGCUGGAAGACUCCCGGGCUGUACUCAUAGCUGCAGACGUGCCUCCGGAUGGGCCUUUCCCCCAGGAUGAGAAGCUGAAGGAUGCCUACUCCCAUGUGGUGGAGAACACGGCCUUCUUUGGGGACGUCGUGCUGCGCUUCCCCAAGAUUGUGCACCACUACUUCGACCGCAACUCCAACUGGAACAACCUGAUCCGUUGGGGCAUCAGCUUCUGCAACCUGACGGGCGUCUUUGAUCAGGGCCCCCACUCCCAGCUCCUGGGGCUGAUGGCUCAGGAGCUGGGCAUCAGUGAGAAGUCCCCCAAUUACCGCAACCCCUUCAAAGCUGAUCACUCUGAGUUCUUCCCCAGCGCCGACACCUUCCAGAAGGCGCUUCGCGAGGAGGAGAAGCGGCGCCGGAAGGAGGAGAAGCGCAAGGAGAUCCGCAAGGGGCCGCGCAUCUCCCGCUCGCAGUCUGAGCUGUAAAGGCCCGAGUGGGCCGGGACCUGCACCGAUGCGGCCGCUCCCCCCCACGGCGGGGCCGGGGAUGCCCCGUCAGCCUCUCCUGUGAGUUUUGGGGUGGAUUUUUGUUUUCCAGCCGGUGCGGCCCAGUGGUCCCACGGCCCCAAAGUGGGGCCGUCCCCGAGCGGCGGGCGCUGGGGCAGCAGCCGUCAGCUGGGAGCAGGGCCGUGCGUUGGGGACGGGGCGUGCGUUGUUUUUCUGGAAUAAAGCAGAACGGUUCUUAUUUUUUCUA